AUGGACUCCUCCGCCUCCGGCCACGGAUACGCGUACCUGCUCGCCAGCCAGUCAACCUACGCUGCGAGAUCCGCCAGCGCCGGCGCCACCGACGCGUCGGCGUUGCGGCCGACGGCGCACGACUCCAGCGCGGCCAGGGCCCCCGCGCCCGUCCUCUCCGGCGCAGGGCGCGUGUACGGCUGGAGCGCUGGCGUCACCGGCCCGGGUUCAUCUCAGCCUCCAGCGCCUUCUCCGGUGUCCAGGCCUUCGUACGUCACGGAAGGAGGACACUAUGCCGAAUCGAGCUUUGCGUACGACGGUGCCCCCGGUGCCCAGCCGAACUGGAACGCGCCAUCGCAUAUUUCGUUCACCUCCCCGGGCGAGGCGUCUCCGCAGGCCAACGCCGACCCCGCCCUCUUCACUCCCGUACAUUAUCGUCGAGCUACUCCCGGUCAACACCACCCCAUGGCCGCCACGAUUCCGCAUAAUCCGUCACCGGUCGAGUCGGAGCCCAUGGCCGAUCCCACCGACUACCGCUACGGUAUUUCGCAGCAGCAGCGCCCGACGGUGGCGCACUCUCAUUCUUACUCGUACCACGAUCUGCCCCCUCGUCGUCUCUCAGCCUCAGCCUCCCGAUCCCUCGCGGACGACAUCGCGAACUCGCCUUCUGCUACUACGACUUCCCAAACAGCCUCUGGCUACAGGCUGCCAUUUAAUGCUAAUCAUCCGGGCCCUGCGAGCGCCUACGGCGCCUACUUUCCUUCGGCAUACAGCGCCCCUUCAUAUCCCGAUCUCGCAUCCCCUCAUUCCCAACCGCCGAACGCUCCGACCGCCCUGGUCGGCCAUCCCGUCUCGCAUUCUCAGUCGACGAUGAUCGCGACCGAGUUUAGCCCGCAGCAGACGAUCACGCCGCCCCCCGCGACCUAUUCCGAGCCGGACUCGCUCCAGUCGGACUACGACCUCUCCGUGCACGACAGCCCGACGGACGCGCAGCCCUGUUCGUUCCAUAUGCUCCCAGGAGGCAGCGCCAGCGGUUCUGCCCCUUCUCGCCCCGCCGGUCGCAAGCUCAAGAAGUCGCACGGGUGCUGGAUGUGCCACAAGUCGUUCGACCGUCCCAGCACCCUGCGAAAGCAUCUCCUCGUGCACACCGGCGAAAAAGCCUUCCAAUGCGACAUCUGCGGCCGUCGGUUCGGCGUGCAGUCGAACCUGACGCGGCACAUGAAGCGCUGCCGGGAGCGGAACGAGUUGCCGCCCGUCGACCAGGACUCACCCAGCAUGGGCGCGCUCACGACCGCCGUCGCGCACGCCGUCCAACAGGGCGCCCCCGCGCACAUGCACGCCACCGGAGGCCCGCACGGCUGGCCCGGCGCCUCCACCCACCCCCAGCAGCAGCAACGCGGCGGCCAUACGCACGCCCGACAGGCCACCGGCUCGUCGUCGUCGUCGCUGGACCACCCCGCGGCCCCGUCCGACUCGGGCUCGGGCUCGGGCUCCCCCGCGGGCAUGCCGCCCUCUACCACGCGCAAGCGCACCCGCCGCCCCAAGUCGGACAGCUGGGUGCCGAAGAGCCUCGCCAACUUUGAGAUCGCGUGCGAGCGGCGCGACUCGGUCCUCCCGCUCCCGCCCGUGACGCCGCACCGGGUCUACCUCGCGCCCGAGCAAGGUGGUGGCGGCGGCGGUGGCGGCGGGGGGGUUUACCCCUUCCCGCACGCGGGCGCUGGCCCGGACGCGGCGACGGUGGCGAUGGCGAUGGGCCGCACGUCGUUGCUCGAGGCGCCCGUACCGCACGGAUCUGGCGGUGCGGCCGGGCGCGGGCAGCAGCAACAGCGGCGUUAUCAGCUCCCCUCGCCCGUCGUCGUCGACACCGAGGCCGGGCCGUGCAUCUGGGAGGAGCGCGACUCGUACGCGGGCGCGGGCGCUCCGCAGCAGCAGUCGCGGUACCAUCCGGACGGCUGGACGGGCACCCUGCCCGGGCCUGCGCCGCUCGGCGCCGAUGGGGGCGCCAUCAGCACGCGGUUCAGGGUGCGCGGUGCGGGCAAGACGAGGGCGGCGUCGGUGCGGAGGACAGGCUGA